CAGAGACUCUGCAUAUCUCCUCGUAACUGGUCCUUGAGUCAAUUGAAGAUAAGUCUAGCGAGAAAGUCAAAUAGGAAGGCCCGUUAGUUUCACUUAAAUCAUUGAGACGAUCGUAUCGCAGUAACAAAAAUAUGGAUAUAUUUCAGCUUUUGAAAAUAUUCUCAAUUAUAAAAAUUAUUUUAUUUAAUUUCUUAAUACGAUACGGCAAGAGUGAAAUUAAUCCAGUUGUAAUAGUUACAUGGGAUUAUCCAAAUGCUACUCAAAAAGCGUGGAAAACCCUUUAUGCUGAAAAAAGAAGUGCCCUUGAUGCUAUCGAAGAAAGUUGUACAUUGUGCGAGCAAAUGCAGUGUCGUGGGACUGUUGGUUUUGGAGGAAAUCCAGAUGAAAAUGGAGAAACCACGUUAGAUGCUUUAAUCAUGGAUGGAGUCACAAUGGAUGUGGGCGCAGUUGGAGGUCUGCGAAAUAUCAAAGACGCAAUUUCCGUUGCGCGGAAAGUCAUGGAAAAUACCAAGCAUUCAUUGAUUGGUGGCGAGCUCGCCGCUGAUUUUGCCUCCCAAAUUGGCUUUAAGAAGGAAACUCUGCAGACCCAAAAGUCUCGCGAUAUUUGGCAAAAAUGGAAGAAUAACAACUGCCAGCCGAAUUUCUGGGAGAACGUCAGCCCCAACCCAUCACUCAGCUGCGGCCCGUACAAGUCCAGCAAUCAAGCGAGCAGCAAAGUCAAGCGCGACACAUCCCUCGUCGACGAGAACAAUCACGACACGAUCGGUGUCGUCGCCCUCGACGUCCAAGGUCGUAUUGCCGCGGGUGUCUCGACCAACGGCCAGAAGUACAAAAUACCGGGCCGAAUCGGCGACUCGGCCGUGACGGGCGCGGGGGCUUACGCCGACGGUGAAGUCGGCGCGGCUGCCGCCACCGGUGACGGCGACAUCAUCAUGCGCUUCUUGCCCAGUUAUCUCUCCGUGGAGCUGAUGAGGCUCGGCGUGGCACCGACAGCGGCGACGGAGACAGCGGUCCGACGAAUGGUCAAGUAUUACCCCAAGUUUAGGGGAGCUGUAAUCGCAUUGAACAAGGCUGGAGAAUACGGGGCCGCGUGCCAUGGCCUCGACAGCUUCCCGCAUUACAUCGCGAACGUGAAUACCGGAGAAGCCAAGGAAUUUAAAGUGCCCUGCCUUCUUACCAAAAAAGAUUGAUUUUUUUCUUCGUUCCGCUUUGAUUUGUUAUUUCAGUUUGAAUAAUAAUAAUAA